AUGGCCUAUCGCCCCGCCCGCGAAGGCAAUCUCCUCUCCCUCUAUAUCAACAACCGUGCUGGUGGUCUCAUCUUCCAUAGAGACUUCAGUCCUAACGCGGCCAAGCUCGACACCAACGAGCAAAUGCAGCUGGCGUCGACGUUCAGCGGACUCGCCCUCAUCAUGGGCCAGCUCGCGCCCAGCCGGCCCUCAUCCGGGAUGCAGCUGCUCGAGGCGGACGGCUUUCUGUUGCAGUCCUUCGACUCGCCCACUGGCAUCAAAUUCUUCCUCACGGCGGAGCCCGACGCCAAGGGCCUCGACCUAGUGCUGCGAGAGGUGUACACUUACUAUGCUGACUACGUGCUGAAGAACCCGUUCUACGAGAUGGACAUGCCUAUCCAGAAGGGUGGCAAGUUCUGCCAGAAACUCGAUCGGAUGGUGGCGCAGGUGCAGGAUAGAAGGUAG